UACAUAUAUAUGUAUAUGCAUACACAAUAUAUAUUUAAAUAUAUAAAGAGCCGUUAAAAUUAUGUUCUUCCAAGUACUUGAACUUGAAACACACGGUAAAGAGCAUGUUCUCUGUAUCGAGGUUGAUGUUGAUAAUUUUGUUGAACGAAGUGUACGCGCGUAGUAUACGAGAUACCGAGGUAAUAUUGCUGCCGAUAUGGGAUUCCAAAGGCGCACCGGAGAUUCCUUUAACUUUCAAAGCCUUUGGACAAUUGAUUCAGUUGAAUCUACGUAGAAACGACAAUAUAGCAUCGCCUCAGUUUCAAGUCUGGAAACACAAUGCCAAGGGCAUCACGGAAGAAUUGUCGCAGUUAAAUGCACCAGAUCCUUGCUAUUACCUUCACAAGAAUCGCGUUGGUUCCGCAGCCAUAAGUUUUUGUCAACAUGGAUUGCACGGGCUCGUCUUUCUGGAGAACGUUACUUUGGAGAUCACGCCUUUGCGAAACAGCCUCGCAUCUUCACCCUUACUCGUCGACGACCGUUACGUUAAAGAAGAAGGCGAUCUUUCGUUGGGUGAACCUCACGUGGUUAAGCGAUCACCGCCGAGGCCACCCGUUGAUCUAGAUGUCGAAGAAACGAGGCGACCUCGAAUACGGGAUACAAAGGGAAAGUUAACGUUAGAGCUGGCAGUCUUCUUCGACGAGGCUGCGUAUCGUUUAUUCUCGCCAUUCCUGGACGAAGACGACGGGAGGAUUCGUGAUAUGUUGUUAGCGUACGUGAAUGGUAUUCAAGCUCUGUAUCAUCAUCCGAGUCUAGGUGUCGCGAUCGACAUCUCGUUGAUACGCUUAGACAUAAUUCAGAGGCAGCCACUCGAUCUACCGCACUUUGGCGGCGAGAGAGGUAGCUUGUUGGAUUCGUUUUGCAAUUACGCGAACGCUCGCAAUCCUCCGGAGGACGCUCAUUCGCGUCACUGGGACAUGGGUCUUUACGUGACUGGACUGGAUCUUUACGCGGUCGAAAACGGAAGGAGGAACGGCGCUACCAUGGGACUAGCUACCGUCGGUGGUUUGUGCAUCCCACGUUAUUCCUGCGUGAUAGCAGAACUGGGAGUUACGGAUCAACUUGGAAAGCCGUAUCCGUCCGCGGGCUUUACAUCAGUUUAUAUCGCCGCUCACGAGAUCGGUCACAACUUAGGAAUGCCGCACGAUUCGAGCGGCAAUGCGUGUCCGAGGGAUGGGUACAUAAUGUCACCCAGUAGAGGCGUUCGAGGUGAGACGGUUUGGUCCGACUGUAGCCGUGAGGUGGCCAAGACGCUUUCGCGAACGAAAAUUUGUCUCUUGGAUCGACCGGAGGAGCCGCGAAACACCUCGGAUGCACUUGCGCACGAUCAUUCGCGAUAUCGCGAUCUACCUGGGAGAGAAUGGACCGCCAAGAGGCAAUGCGAGUUACUUCUACGCGACAAGGACGCGGACGUUGUCACGUUGUAUCAGGCUUGUCAGUCUUUGCAAUGCGAAACGCCUCACAGAAGUGGAUAUUACUUUGCAGGACCGGCAUUGGACGGAACUCGAUGCGCAUCCGGUAGAGAGUGUCGCGGUGGAGAAUGCGUGCCCGUCCCCGAACCGCCGCGGCCGGAAUUAUCCGACAAGCAAAAAGGUAGCUGGAGCGAAUGGAAGGAAGGUUCCUGCAGUAGCGGUUGCUUGCAAAAAUCCAAAGGCGCUCGUAUUAGACGACGGUUCUGCGAGAAUCGAGAUCAUAGGACGACGAGAGAUUGCCAAGGGCUGUAUUACGACGUGCUCCUGUGCAAGGAUGAGAAACUUUGCAAAAAGAAACGCAGGACGAUCGACGAAUUCGCCACGCUGAAAUGUGGUCUUUUCGGCGAAAGACUAUCCACAUUAGACGGCGCGGCGAAAGGACUUCAGGCGGCUCACGAAACCGACCGGCCGUGGAUGGCCUGCGCUAUAUUCUGUCGACGAAAGGACAUUGCCGCUUAUUACGCGCCACGCGUGGAAUUAAACGACCUUGGCCUUGACCCGUACUUUCCAGAUGGGACAUGGUGCCACACCGAAGAGGGCCAAGCGUACUUCUGCCGUCAGCAUCACUGCCUGCCAGAGAACUUUCGAUUCGGGAAAAAAUUGCCGAGAGUUUACCGGUACGAGGACGAGCACGAUGACGUGGGACCGCAAAAUGCACAAAAUCGACUUGGAGUCGCUGAUCAGUUUAACAACAGGUACUUGACAUCAGGGCCAGACGGUUUACCCUUGCUGACUUCUGUAUCGCGCAGCAUCCCUUCUCCGCUCGACGAAGAUGAAUGGAUCGAUAAGGAUUACGUCGACUUACCUCCAUCCGUGUCCGGACUGCCUUACCCCAUCGAUUAAUAUAAUUAGUAACG